AUGGCCACCCCAAUGUACGCGCGAUACAUCCCUCCGAAAGCGAAAAACACGAGGGGAAAAGCGAGUGUAUCGCUUCCUGUACCAGAGAUAUCACAGGCGAAGGAACAGCCUGGAAAAACGAAGCAGCAAAGCAAAGACCAACCAAAGAAGCGCAAACGAGAGACGAAAGACCCACUAAAAGAGAAAGAGGAUGAUGUUACAAUACCUUCUGUACUAAAGGCUUCUGAGGUGGAGGAAGUGCCUGCAAAGAAGGAGCAUCGAAGUAAAGAUCGGCCCAAGAAGCGGAAACGGGAGCGGGAAGAGAAAUCUCACGACAGCGAGGAUAACGGCACGAAGCUCAAGAAGCACAAGAGCGUGCUUUCGAAAUUCGAAAAGGUCUCGAAGAUAGCCGGAGCUGCACGAGAGAGCGCGGUCGAUAUCCCAGCGGAAGAAAUCAAAGAAUCGCCAACUGAACUGCAUGGAUUGACUCCAUUACCACAACCUGAACCCGUCCCAGAACCUGAAUAUCACCCCACCUUCUCAGCUCUGCCACCAUGGCUCGCGAAGCCCACGACAGUAUCUUCCUCGGCCAAGGUACCGUUUGCAGACCUAGGAUUAGACGCUAGGCUAGUCGAGCAGCUGGAGAAGAAGGGAUACAAAGAAGCUCUGGCGGUUCAGUCUGCAGUCAUUCCUAUGUUACUACCAGGCCUACACCAGCAUUUCGGAGAUAUAUGUGUAUCCGCGGCGACGGGCUCCGGGAAGACACUAGCAUACAUCCUCCCAAUGAUUGAGGGGUUGCAGGGUAGGGUGCUUUCCAAGCUCUCGGGGUUGAUCGUCGUUCCGACAAGAGAGUUGGUAACACAAGCACGUGUAGUUGCAGAGCAGAUCACAGUAGGCACGAAGAUCAAAGUUGGCACAGCCGUUGGUAACAUAUCUUUUCCCGCGGAACAAGAGCUUUUAGUGAAGAAGGAUAAGAGGUUCGAUCCCGAGGCAGCUCGAUUGCUGCACGACAAGGCCAAUGAGCAAUUACGCACUGGAUUUGUUGAAAGAGGUGGAAUCAUGGGGGAUUUGAUGCAUAUGCCACCAGGUCAUGUGCCACAUUACGAAUCUAGCGUCGACAUUCUGAUCUGCACGCCUGGUCGGCUAGUUGAGCACAUCCAGUCAACAACGGGCUUCAGUCUUUCAGACAUCCGAUGGCUAGUCGUAGACGAGGCAGAUCGUCUCCUUGACGAUAGCUUUCAAGAAUGGGUUGACGUUUUGAUGAAAGCUCUGGAGGUAGAAAGCACUUCUGAACAGGCCCUCGCGCGCAGGAAAAUCAUAUCGAGGAAUCCAUGGCUGAAGCCAGAAAGACAACUGACUAAAGUCGUUCUAAGUGCGACUAUGACUAAGGACCUAAGCAAGCUAGGCUCGCUGAAAUUCCGGAGACCUAAGAUGGUGAUUGUCGAGAAUGAGGACCAGAAUAUUCACUCAUGUGCCCCUGGCACUGACAUGACUGGAGACGGAGAAUCGUUCGAGCUGCCCCCAGCCCUGAAGGAAUGGGCAAUACCCGUGGGCACUGGGUUGGACAAGCCUCUAUAUCUGCUCAAACUUCUACAGACGAACAUACUGUCACAAUGGGAAAUGGAGAAGACAGACACACCAACUGUUGCAGACGUCGAUACUGAGUCUUCGGCGUCCUCAUCGUCUUCGUCUGACUCGGACAACUCCGAUUCGGACUCUGCUUCCUCUGUGUCAGAUUCAUCGGAGGAUUCUUCGUCUGAAGAUGAGUCGGAUGACUCUGGAGUUGACACAAAGAAGAAGUUGUCAAACCCGAAACAUCGCUCCAAAAUAACACCUAAGAACCAAGCGGAUAUCUCAUCACGAGUGUUGGUCUUCACAAACAACAAUGAGAAUGCAGCUCGACUAUCGCACCUCCUCGCCAUUCUGCACCCGCCACUAAAGAACAAAUUAGGGACACUCACGAAAUCAGCAGCGACAAAAUCUAGUCAGAAGACGCUUGCUGCCUUUGCAACAGGCAAGAUAAGAAUAUUGAUAGCCUCCGAUCGAGCUUCCAGGGGCCUUGACGUGCCUGACCUUGGACACAUUGUGAACUACGACCUUCCACGAAGCGUUACAGACUACGUCCACCGGGUAGGACGGACAGCAAGAGCCGGAAAAGAAGGCCAGUCUUGGACAUUCUUCACUAAGACGGAGGGAAGGUGGUUUUGGAACGAUAUUGCCAGAGCGUCGGCGAUCAGGAGAGCGCAGAAGGUAGACAGGGCUAUCGUGGAUGCGGAGACGUUGAACGAGGAGAAGCGGACUACGUAUGAGGCUGCGCUGCGAGAGCUCCGAGUUGCCGUCGAAGGAAGCACGGGACGAGCCGUGGGACGAUAG